UCCAGUUAGCUUUUUUUCCCCCUUCCUUUUGAACCAGCAGGCUCGCUGGAUCGCCGCCGCGCGUGUGUUUUGUUUCCGACUGCUUCGGGGAUGAGCUCGUCGUCAGUGUUUCAGCUUGACGGAGUGACGACGACGCACUCGACGGUCGGGUCGUCCGAAGAGUCUGCGGAAUUGCUGCUGAACGAUGACACUGCUGCUGAUGCUGGUGGAGUGGUGUCAGACGGCGUCGCACAUCUCCCACCACCACCAUCAUCAUCAUCACCAUCAUCUUCACCAUCAUCCUCGCCAACAAGAAGCGCCAAGGUAGCAGCAGCCACGGGCGCAGGCGAACACGCACAUGCGAGCGCCGCUGAUGCGACCACAACGCAACCGCAAGCACCUCACACCACCACCACCACCAACAAUACCACCACCACCAAUACCAUUCCAAGGAGCGGCAGUCGAAGUGCUCUGACUAACGGCGGCUCGGGCAGCACGUCCAUGUCGGACGUCACGCAAGGCGCCAAGCCAACAACCGAGCUGCAGCAUCACCAGCUCCACGCAACCCAGCACAGCACACUGUCAGAGCUCGAACUGGCCGUCAUUCGCUCGGGUCGCCGCGCGAGUGGUGGUGACUUGUUAAACUCGGCCGCCGCAGCCCAAGCACACGCCCAGCAGCAACACGGCAGCAGUGGCAGCGUCAAUGAUGCAGACGGUGCUGGUGCUGGUGCUGGUGCGUCGUCGCGAUCGGGCUCGGGCUCGGACGUGCGAACAAUUCCAGCCAUCUCGACGGCAACCCGCCGCGCGCCAAACCGCAAUGCAUAUAUUGGACGACCAGCGUCGUUUCAUGCUGGAAAUCUAUCGUCCAUGUACGCUGGUGCCGUCGGGCGCGCAGCAGCAGCAUCAUCCUCUUCGGGCUCGGCCAAUCCAAACAGCGCAGCAAUGGCAAGUCGAUUCGCUCCUCCACUACCUCAGCGCCAGUCGUCGCUGGGACACAUUCCCGCAGUGGUAUCCAUGACCUCGGCAGCGCCUGCAUCCCCGCCACAGCCGUACUAUCCAGUGACGCGAAGUCCGUCCACAUCGGCGGCAAGUCUGAGCUUUCUGGCACAGUAUUCACCAGGAACAUCACGCCGGGGUGCCACCAGCGCCUCCUCUCCGCAAAGUGGCAAAUCCUCCGCCGAGACAUCGCCCAGCACUGUUCGGAAAACCCCUCCAGCGACCUUGCCAAAACCGAAAAAUCGGCCAAAAUCCAUGACGUUUGGAGACCCAUCCCUCUUCCACCAAUCCGCCGAGACACUUGCGAGCGGGUCUUCAUCGUUAACAGCUUCGUCUACAUCAUUAGCAGACGACAAAUCCAUGGCUCAACAACCGCAGUUCAGCAGCAACGCAGCCCCAAUUGAUGUGUCUGAAGCAGCAGUAGCAGCAACAACAACAACAACAACAACAGACUCUCAGGAAGCUGCUCGUGUUGCUGCUGUUGCUGGUGAUGACAAUCCCAUUUUGGUGGCAAUGACCGCCGCGGCAGCCGCCCUUGCCGUUCUGACAGGUUCCGCCUCGACAACACCCGCAGUAGGAGCUGAAGUUGUACCAGAGCCCCAGUCGGAUCUUUCCAUCUCAGCCGACCAAGCGCAUGCACCAAGUGAGGCUCCCGCCCAAUCUUCGACUGUUGUGCUGCUGCCCGUGCAACCACCAGCAUCCACAUCGGAAGAAGCUGCACCCAGUCUGACCGUCGAGGCCAAUCAGGAGCAGCCUAGUGAGCCCCUGACUGCCGCCCCCUCCGCCGCCACAAACUCGGAGCAGCACACUUCAACCGCGCAAGAGCAACCGCAAGAGCAACCGGCAGUCAGUAGUCCGACAACCGACGCUUCGGCCGCUCACGAAACUCCUAUUGAUUGUGAAGAAAAACCAGCAAUCGACGAACAAUCUCUCCCCGCCGUUUCUGCACCCCCUCAGUCAUCCACCGACAAUGCCGCUGAUCCUGUUGAUCAGUCAGCAACAACAUCUGCACAGCUGGAUGCCGUGACUGAGGCGGCAGUAGCUCCAGCAGCUGUGGAGGUGGUGGCUGCUCAGCCAUCCGAAACUGCUACCGCCGAGGCUGUUGCUCCAGUUCCUGUUGAGGCUACGACGAGCAGCGUUGCUACUCCUCAGGUCCAGAGAAGUGCCACUCCGGAACCCGCAGCCGCCGCUACUACUGCUGCUGCUCCCGUGGCUGAGGCUAGUUCGACGAAUGAUCUGUCUACCUCGCCGUCAGAGCUCUCACGGCACGGUACUGGUCGCGCUGCCCUCACGUCGCGUGGUCGUCGCGCCGAUUCGCUUUUGAACGAGGACGCCUCAUCGCCAGGCAAGCGGAGAUCUGGCCCUCCUCCCGGGAUUGUCGAGAAUAAUUCCGAAACAAUCACGCCAGACACGUCGGCACCGGCGGCUCCCACCUCUACAUCUGCGGGUCCUGUAACCAGUGCCCCUGUAACUCCAGCGCCAUCUACCACAUCAGCGGCAUCUUCGCUGGCCGCUCCUGCCGCCAUUCGUUCCAACCUGAACGUCUCGUCCGAGUCCAUGGACACGCGCUCGGUCCAUUCUCUUCCUGAUGAGCAGACCAUCGCGGAGGGAGUGCGUGUUGCGCUCGAGGACGGAAAGACGGUCGUCGUUGCCGGGUCUCUUGCAGGGCUCGUCGGUCAACUUGCCAACGAGACUGGUUCCUUCGACACGGACUUUGUGCACAACUUUUUGUUGACCUACCGGUAUUUUGCCACGCCCGAGGCGCUCAUGGAUGAGUUGCGUGCACGGUUUGAGUCGGCGGCCAAGCUCGACGCUGUGGGCUCCAAAGAAGUGCAGAUGCGCGUCGUGAACGUGAUUCGCAAGUGGUUGACAGCGCAUUGGUACGAUUUCGCCAACCGAAUUGAUCUCAUCCAAAAGACCGUCGACUUUACCGAGUACAUUACCAAGCAGUCCAACGUCAAGGUUCUCGGCCCAGUUGUGCGCAAGCAACUCGAGCAGAUCCAAAAGCAGGCCUUGGCGCAAGGCGGCGUGGUCAUGCGCAAGUCGGCCUCUGGUGUGAGUGUCGCCACCGGCCCAGACCCAUCCAUUCCGUUGAGCGACAAGGCGAUCAAGCAGUUCAACUUUUGCGAGGUUUCGCCUGAGGAGUUUGUCGAGCAAAUGACCCUGAUCGAGCUCAACCUGUUCAAGCGGAUUGGUGCGAACGCUCUGACGGGACAGUCGUGGACCAAGACAAACAAGCCAGAACGUGCGGCUCCGCUGAUUCAGCUCAUUGAGCGCUUCAAUCGCGUGUCGUUCUGGAUUGGCACCGAGAUUGUCAACGAGACCAACCCAAAACAACGCGUGGAGGUUUUGCGGCGCGCCAUUCAAAUGGCCGUCCAUUGCCGAGCGAUCAACAACCUUAACUCGUGUCUGCAAAUUGUCGCCGCCCUCAACAUUAGCUCGGUGCAGCGCCUCAAGCUGACCUGGAAGGCCUUGCCCGCCAAAUCGCUCAAGGACUGGCAAGAUAUCAGCUUCCUGAUGGACACGAGCAAGGGCUACGCCAACUACCGCAAGCACCUCACGACCAUCAAGCUGCCCAUCGUGCCCUACAUUGGCAUUCAUUUGAAUGACCUGGUGUUGUUGGAAGAGGGCAACCCCGAUUUCUUGCCUGACGGGCUGGUCAACUACCGCAAAAUGAACAUGGUCGUCAAGGUCAUUCGCGAAAUUGAAGUCUACCAAACGUCGUCCUUCCCCUUCCGGGAAAACCCCGACCUGCAGGCCUGGCUCCUUUCGGGCGCUCCAGCGCUUGAUGACAAUGCCCUGUACAAGCAGUCGUUGAUCUGCGAGCCCCGCGUCUCGUCGGCCGUCCCAACCUCUGCUCCGUCGUCGCCCUCGCGCUCGCAAGAACGUCCGUCGUCCGAGUCCAACUCGGCCACUUCUUCAGCGUCCAGCUCGCCGCACACCGGCGGCAAGGAUGAAGACAGCCACCUGGGCUUUGGUCGCGAUGCCAUCACGCGUCUCUCCAAGCGCUUUAGCGUCUACCGCAGCAAGACGAAAACCAAGAAAGACGGCAAAGAGAAGGAUGGCAAAGAGGCCGAGGUUGCCGGCGCGGCAGGAGCCGUCGCAGGCGGCAUCUCUCCCGACGUGGCCGAUCGUCUCCGCAGCCGGCGUCAAACGAGCUCGCCAAACUUGUUUGGCUCUGUUCGGCGGUCCAGCCAGGGCUCCACUGGAAGCGUGUCGGACGACGACGACGAAGCCCCUGUCAAUCCUCGACGAGACAAGCAACGGAGCGACAGCGCCGGUGCCGCAACUGGGUUUUUCGCAGGUCUCCCCAACGCAGCUGGCGGGUACAAGCAACGCUACCAAGAGUUGGCGCUUGCAUACUCUGACUUGCUCAACAAGCACGCUGCGCUCGAGGCCAAGUACGAUGCCCUCAAGGCGUCGACGAAAAUGCUGCUCAACAAGAGCUCGGCGCUCGAGGCGCAGGUCCAGGAGAACAACAAGGAGAAGCAGUACUACAACCAACUCAUGUCGCUGCACCACAUGCUCCUGAACGGGCGCGACAACUCCCCGGGCAGCGUGUCCUCGGCGUCGUCCAUGUCGAGCUUGAACGAGGACGCCAUUCUCGCUGCCACCACCAUGCUGCACAAUGAGUCCCUCGCCGCUGCACAAGCCCAGCUGUCUGCCAGUCCGCUGUCCUUCUCGUUCGACUCGCCUGCGGCGGCGCCGUCCUCCAAUCGCCUCUCGACCAUCACGAUUGAAACGACCGACAGCUUCGACCCGGCCAUUGCCGAAGCCAACAGCGGGCGUAGUUUGAGUACCUCGUCCUCGUCGACGUCUGUCAACCGCCCGGUCCCAGCCGAUCCCGCGGCGCGCACGACCGCCUCAUCAUCCAUUCCUCCCCCGGCAGAGCUAUUUGCAACUGCUCGCGAUGACGCAGCCCUUCGCGAAGUUUCUGAAAUGUGGAACAGCGCAACGCACCGUGUCAAGCGCGAUUCAAUGGUGUAA